AGUGAGUGCAUCUCGAGCGGACGGCAUCUCCAGUUUUCAACGUACAAACUGAUGGAAAGUCGAUAGACGAGGGGUGAUCUCUUUAGUGCGACAUUGUACGUUUUGACCAUUCAUUCUGGGCACAUUCGGUAGUUUAACUUCCAACUUAACUCAACAUGUAAGUGCGGCUGUUACACAGACGUACCCGACAGUUCAUCUGGUGGUGUUUAAACUGUUACCAACAUGAUUCCCCCAGCGAACAUGAUUCAGGAAGACACUACGAGCAAGGAUAACGAAAGGGAGCAGCGUGAGCCUCAGUCACCCACAUCCAUCAGCCAGCAGGAGUCAAAGUUGCAGAGGUUAAAGCGUUCACUGUCCUUCAAGACCAAAAGUCUUCGCAGCAAAAGUGCUGACCAUUUUUUCCUGCGGCCUAUCGAGGAUGUGAAAUUUCAAAGUGACCUGCUCUCUGAUGUCAGCAGCAGCACGGGUCACCUGAGCACUCUCGAUGUGUCCGUCUCCACCCCUCCAGUGAUGUCCCUUCCUCCACCUCCCCCUCCGCUGCCCCCUGUGAUCCCGGGCAACCUGCCCAUCACAAUCUGUUCUCCAUCCCGUGCGCCCCGCCAGACAGACCCUAACGCACACACCUUCCUAGAGCACAUCUUCAAGAAGCCCCAAUUCUGCGAUGUCUGCAACCACAUGAUUGUAGCUUGCCAAGGGGGAGCGGGCAAGGUGUUUGGCACCAAUGCUAAGCUGGGCCUCCGGUGCAAAGCCUGCAAGAUGGGGAUCCACCACAAGUGCCUUGAUGGAGUUGGACAGCAGAGAUGCAUGGGGAAACUGCCCAAAGGCUUUCGAAGAUAUUCUAGCUCCCCUAUGCUAAUUCAGGAACAAUUUGGCUGCAUCAGGGAGGUUAUGCCCAUUGCCUGUGGCAGUAAAGUUGACCCAGUAUAUGAGACCCUGAGGUUUGGAACCUCUUUGGCACAAAUAAAUAAGCGGACUAGUGGAUCGGAGUCACCACUGAGAAACUCAACCAGUGAUGUAGCUCAGGUACCAGAAGAGAAGGCCACCCAAAGCAGACGAGCUCAACUCGUCAGGAAACCCAGUGACAAUGUUUUUAUGCCUUUGGAGAAUGGAACAGAACAUUUUCAUUUUGCUGAGAGGAAAUCAGAAGGCUCGCCGUCAAACAGAGAGUUGAAGAAGGAUCCCCUGCUUCUCAAAACAUAUGUAGCUUUGUUCAGAUUUUCCCCCCAAGACAGCCAAGACCUGGAAAUGAGACCCGGAGAUCGAAUAAUCCUGGCAGAUGAUUCCAGUGAUGAUUGGUGGAAGGGUGUGAUCGAAGAUAGAAUAGGUUUUUUCCCAGCUUCCUUUGCGCAUCAGGUAAAGGUGGGCGACAGGGUGUUCAGAUGUAAUCGAACUUUUAUUGGCUGUAAGGAGCAAGGGCAGAUGACCCUGAAAGAGGGCCAGAUUUGUGUCAGCAGUGAGGAUGAGCACAGUGGCUUCAUCAGAGUAGCCAGUGGGAAAAAGAGAGGAUUUGUGCCCUGUGACAUCCUGGAGAAUAUAUAUGACGUAAAAGAUCAAAAAGAAGAAAAGUGAGUCGUAAAAGUGGAUGAGAUGGUUAGGUAAUAAACACAAAUAUGAGGACUUUCCAGGGUGAUGGCUCAAGCACUGCUUCUGUGACUAUUUGAAUGAACUACAAGGCCACCUGAAAGUACAGAGAUCAUCUGUGUGUGGUAAGUAGACACUAAAGGGGUUUCAGGAGGGAUCAGAACUCAGCUGUCUUCAUCAGUGACAAAAGUAAGACAGAUGUGUGUCUCAUUAACUGCUGAAUGUAUGUCUCGUUAUAUUUUUCCUCGUUUGAGUGAAUUGUUUAUAAUUAUCUCUCCUUUCAAACAGGGAUAGAAAAAAGUAUUUAAACAUCGAAAACAAUUACACACUUCACCUUUAAAGUAACAUGUUUUAUGCUACAAGUAUUUCCACAAAAUUCAUUACGUUUAAUGCUUUUCAUGUUAUAUGUUUAGUUUAGCCAUUUUGUUUUUCAAUGGCAAAAUAAUUUGUAAUUAUUUUUUGAUGCUGUCAGUAAGAGAUAUUAUUAAAAUUUGAGAGUUGUGUUGUUUAAUCUGCACUUCCAAAACGCUGUGAUCCACCUGUGCUUUAUGAAAGUAGAGCUGACUGUGAUGAAAACAACUCGUUCACAGAGUACUGAAUGCAUCUCAGCUGUGUUAAGAUUCUUUAAGAGUUAAGAGUUUUUUCACAUGGUACUUAAGGGAACAAAAGCUUUCUAAUUAAAAAAAAAAAUGUCAGGGAAACACAUUAUGAACAAACUCAUCCUUGGGUAUUAUAACAAUGUUGAUUUAAGGAGAAUAAAAGAACAUGCCGGAUCCGUAAGAAAGAUCUCUUCAUGUUUUAAAUGUACUGUUAUUUCUCAAAUCUAUGAUAUAUGUGCUACAUAUCAUCUUUACUGAUUAUCUGUUAUGAUUAAGUAAACACAAAACAUUUUAUUGUUUUAUUUUAGGGAUGAAACAAGACCAUUUUGAAUGUUAAAAACUAAAUGAAGCAGAUAUAGAUAUUUGCUGCACUGGUAAGGCAGAUAUGAAUGAAGAACAUAAUGAAAGUCAUUACAGUAAAGAUUUUAAUUUUAAUUCUUUUUUAUUUUUGGGACUAGUCAUGGAAGUAUCAGGCAUCACGUAUUGUCCAUUCUAAAUGAUACAUAAUCUCUCUCUUGGUAAAAUGACAUGUUGAGCCAUUUCUACGUAAUUUAACUCAUCAUGUCUAGUCUUUUGGUAAUAUUUUAAUUUGAGCAAAAUAAGGUUGGCUGAUUGACAAUAUGAUGAUAUUAUGUAUAUACUUUCUGUACAAAAUUAAAGUUUAUUUAUUCAUCUGA